AUGUCAUUUAAUAAUAAUAAUAAUUAUAAUCAUCAAACUAAUGACUUAAAUAAUGGAAAAUCAAAAAUAAACAUAGAUAAACAUAAUCAUUUUCAUAAAUCAUUCCCUAAAAAUCAUAUAUCAACUCCAAGAGCAUCAACUCCAAUAAGAUUAAAUAGUCCUCAUAUGUCAAUAACUGAUUUAUCUACAACAAAUACUCGGCCGAAUUCAUCUUCACCAUCUUUUCAUCAACAAAUUUAUCAACAUUCUCAUCAUAAUCAUAACUUUUUAAACCAAAAAUUUACACAAUUUACAUCUCAACAACCGCCACAAUUUCAAAAUUUUGAAACAAUUGAAAACAAUAACUUAUCAAAUUCACCACCUGCAUUACCAUCAACUCCAAAUUCUGUUGAUAUAGAUGGUGUUAUGCCAUCAACAUCUUUCCUAAGUAAUCUACCUAAAUUUAUUCAUAAAUGGACUCAUACUCAUUCAAUUCUUUGUUGUAUUGCAUCACCAAUUAAUAAUUUACUAUAUUGUGGAACUCAAGAUGGUAAAGUUUUAGUAUUUGAUUUGAAAACUUAUAGUUUGAAAAAUGUAAUAGAAAGAGGAAAUACAACUCAUCAAAUAAACUCGGUGCUAACAAUUUGUCUAAAUAGAAAAGAAGAUAUUUUGUUUGUGGCAGGUUCAGAUUCAUUGAUUAAAGUUUAUGAUGUGAAAAACAAUUUCAAUUGUACCCAUAUUUUAUAUUCCUUAGUUGAUAUUGGAGAUAUUUAUUCAAUAGUUUGGUGUGAUAAAUUACAAACUUUAUAUAUUGGAGCUCAAAAUGCUAGUAUAUUAUGGUGUAAAAUAUGUAAUACUAACCUGAAACCUUCAACCAACCUAGAAAAUUUACCAAGUUUUAGAUAUGAUAAAUUUUUUGAUUCAAAAGGUCCAGGUGGUUCUCAAAAUACUUUACAAACAAGACAUGAAUUAUAUAGAAAGAAUUCAGGUGCAAAUAAAAUAGAAAGUUUAAAAGUUUUAGAAUGUAAAGCUGAAGAUAUUAUCAGAUUUGCUCAUAAUGGUUAUAUAUAUUGUUUGGAAAUUAUAGAAUCAAUUGUGGGGAAUUUUGGUGAAUGUAAAUAUUUAAUAAGUGGAGGUGGUGAUGGAGUUGUAAAUAUAUGGUCAAUGAAUCAAAGUUGUUUAAAGAAAUUGGCAAGUUUAGAAAAUGAUGAGUCAGUACUAUCAAUGACUAUUCAAGAUUCGCUUUUAUAUGUUGGAUUAGGAGAUUCUUGUAUAAAUGUUUGGGAUUUAAUGACAUUACAAAUGAUUAGAAGUUUUGUAUUUAAUGAAGACGAAAUGAAUGAAGUUUUAAGUUUAGGUGUUCAUAAUGAUGCAUUAUAUAAAGCAUGUUCAAGUUCUGGGUUAGUGAAGUUAACAAUGAAGCACAGAAAUGUAUCAGAUAGUGUAUCAAUGAGUUCAUUAAAAGAAGAUGGGAUAAUUAAUACCGUCACUACUUUCAAAUUACACAACAAUACUUACUUAUUAGCUGGUGGGAACAAAUCUUUAACAAUGUGGGAUAUAACAGAUGAAGAUGAAGUAGAUGAUAUAUUACCAAGCACCACCAACAGCAAUCAAUGUACAAGAUUAACCGAUAAUGAUUUAUUAUCAAUGUUAAAAAAAUUCAUAUCAUAUAAAACAAUAAGUAAAAAUCCACAAUUAUACCUUGAAGAUUGUCGACAUUGUGCUCAAUUUUUAUCAAAAUUAUUAAAUAACUUUGAUGCUUAUCAAACAAAAUUAUUACCAGUUCCCAAUGGGAAUCCUAUAGUAUUUGCUGAAUUUAAACAGAAUAACGGUAAACCAUCGAAAGAAAGGGUAUUAUAUUAUGCACAUUAUGAUGUAGUUGAUGCAACUAACCACGAAGCAAUAGAUUGGAGCACAAACCCAUUUAGUUUAACUGCAAAAGAAGGUAAUCUUUAUGCUAGAGGAGUAAGUGAUAAUAAAGGACCAACAUUAGCUGCCAUAUAUGCAGUUGCUGAAUUAUAUUCAAAACAAGAAUUAAGUUGUGAUGUAGUUUUUAUAAUAGAAGGAGAAGAAGAAUGUGGAUCAAUUGGAUUUCAACAAGUUAUUAAAGAUUAUCAAUUUUUAAUAGGUGAAAUAGAUUGGAUAAUGUUGAGUAAUUCUUAUUGGUUAGAUGAUAUAACACCAUGUUUAAAUUAUGGAUUAAGAGGAGUUAUUAAUGCUCAUGUUACUAUAAAAUCAGAUAAACCAGAUAGACAUUCUGGAGUAGAUGGUGGAGUAAGUAGAGAACCAGUUAUGGAUCUUAUGCAUAUCCUAAGUACUUUAAUGGAUCCAAUAACUCAAGAAAUUAAAAUACCAGAUUUUUAUGAUAAAUUAUUACCACUUACUAAUGAAGAAUCUGAAUUAUAUGAAAAAAUUAAAUCUCAACUCAAUAUUAAUAUUGAACAAUUAAAAUCAAAAUGGAGACAACCAUCUUUAACAAUUCAUAAAAUUCAAGUUUCUGGACCAAAUAAUAAUACAGUUAUUCCACAAGUUGUAAAUGCCACAAUUUCAUUACGUAUUGUCCCCAAUCAAGAUUUAAUAGAGAUCAAAACUCAAUUAACUAAUCAUUUACAAAAACAAUUUUCUUACCUUAAAUCUGAUAAUCAUUUAUCUAUUAAUAUUUUUCAUGAAGCUGAACCAUGGUUAGGUGAUCCAACAAAUAAAGUUUACAAGAAACUUUUUAAAUUUAUGAAAUUACAUUGGAAUCAAGAUCCUAUUUUUAUAAGAGAAGGUGGAUCAAUUCCAAGUAUUAGAUUUUUAGAAAAAACUUUUAAUGCACCAGCUGUACAAAUUCCUUGUGGUCAAGCAAGUGAUAAUGCUCAUUUAAAAGAUGAAAAAUUAAGAAUUGAAAAUUUAUUUAAAUUAAGAUCAAUUUUAACUGAUACUUUAAAAGAAUUAGCUAUAUAA